AUGCUACUCCUAGAUUACCACAACGUCCUCAUACACUCGCUGCUAACUGAGCGGUUCUCCGGAGCUGCCCCAGUUUCGAUCGAUCAGAUAGUAUCCGACUUCGACGGCGUUACCUUUCAUGUUUCCACUCCCGAGACCAAGUCCAAAAUCCUCAUCUCCAUCGCAGUACGCUGCUUCCGCGAGCUGGUACAAUAUGGUGCGGAGGGUGUCCUUAGGAGAGAAUACGGACCAUACAUUGUAUCUCCAGAGCCUGGAUAUGAUUUUUCAAUUCUCAUAGACCUGGAGGAUCUUCCAGCUGAACAGGAGGCAAGGGAUCAACUAAUUAUGAGCAUCGCGCUCAUGAAACGGAAUGCCAUGGCUUCGCCCUUCGAGAGAGGAUUUGAAGAGUUUCAGAAACUCGAGGAGGAGUCUAACAAGUACUCCCUUGAAGCUCUUCCACAACAAUUAAAGGACGGUGGAGAGGUGAUGACCGUCCAUUACCGAGAUGAGGAGGCCAUAUUCAUCAAGGCUGGAUACGAUUGCGUCACUGUUAUUUUCAGCACAAUCUUCAGGGAUGAGACAGAUAGGAUCUUUGGUAAAGUGUUCCUUCAGGAAUUCGCCGAUGUUCGAAGGCGAGCUAUACAAAACGCCCCGCAAGUCCUAUUCCGCAACGAUCCACCUCUAGAACUUCAAGGUAUUCCAGGCCUAAAGGACUCCCGAAAUGGAGAAGUCGGCUACAUCACAUUCGUCCUCUAUCCCCGUCACCUCCUACCACAAAAACGUGCGGAGACGAUAUCCCACAUACAAACCUUCCGCGACUACUUUCACUACCAUAUCAAAGCUUCGAAGGCUUAUAUCCACACCAGAAUGCGGAAACGCACUGCAGACUUCUUGCAGGUUCUUAACCGUGCGAGACCCGAAAAUGAAGAAAAGGAGCGAAAGACCGCCAGUGGAAGGACGUUCCGUGUCCAGGGUUAG